AUGGACGGGUCCGGGGAGCAGUCCAGAGGCGGGGGGCCCACCAGCUCUGAACAGAUCAUGAAGACAGGGGCCCUUUUGCUUCAGGGUUUCAUCCAGGACCGAGCCAAGCGGAUUGGGGGGGAGGCGCCCGAGUUGGCCCUGGAGCGGGUACCCCAGGACCCAUCCACCAAGAAGCUAAGCGAAUGUCUGAAGCGCAUCGGGGAUGAACUGGACAGUAACUUGGAACUUCAGAGGUGUGGCCCUGGGGAGGCUGGAGCCACCGCCGUCCUCCACGCUGAGACCCAGACGGGCCCACCCCUUCCCUUCCUCCCUCAAGCCCUAUGCACGAAGGUGCCGGAACUGAUCAGAACCAUCAUGGGCUGGACGCUGGACUUCCUUCGGGAACGGCUUCUGGGCUGGAUCCAGGACCAGGGAGGUUGGGACGGCCUCCUCUCCUACUUUGGGACCCCCACGUGGCAGACGGUGACCAUCUUUGUGGCUGGCGUGCUCACGGCCUCGCUCACCAUCUGGAAGAAAAUGGGCUGA